AUGUCACUCCGAUCUAACCGUGUCCUCAAAGGGGCAAAGGGCGCCUACAGAUUGCUUGAGCCCUUGAGGUCCAACACAAUCUUCAAAGCACAGUCUGUACACGUCCCUGAUGCCGAACCUAGAUUUUUCAUGAUCAAAAGCGCCCCUCCACCCACCCCGCAAGAAUCCAUCCCAAAAACUCCAGGUCAGCGAUCGCCUGCAAUGGAAAGAAUGGCUCUUGUCCGCGAGUAUGAGAUAUACGAGGGGCCCGGUCCUGUCAAGACUAACCCCUUCAUAAGAAAGCUUCAUGAUGUUGUCGGACAAUGGGAUAUGGUUGAGGGGCGCGGUCGUGCUGGCUUUGACAAGACCUCCGAGGACCCGCCAUGUUUGGUUUUCGAAUGGAUGGAGCAUGUUUUGUGGAACGUGCGCGCAGAGCCAUACCGCGAAAAAUCUGUCCUUCCCAAGAUGAUUGCCCGUUCGGUUUUGGAAGCACUCGAUAUUUUCGCAUCUGCAAAUGCGAUGCAUACCGAUGUCAAUCCGAACAAUAUCUUUCUGUCAAAUAUUGACAGCGCUUCUCCGGUGGUGAAGUUGGGAGAUCUUGGAAACCUGAUGCGGGAGGGCUUCAACAAAUAUCGCAUACAACCUAUUGGGUGUAGGGCGCCGGAGCUAACGGACCAGCUCGCGCACUGGCUGGGGCAUAAGGCCAUCUUCGGUAUUAGUGAUAAAGUCGUUGAAGAUCUUACCGAAUCCUGGUGCAUUGCCAAGAUCGACCGACUAAUUGGCCCACUGGGUCCACCUGUCCAAAACCCGGAGUACGAGUCGGAAUUCCGUAUGGCUGGUGAAUUAUCUAUGGGCACAUAUAUACAUCCUGAAAUCGAUGGGCCAGUACCUUAUAUUGACGUGAGCACUCUACGUCAGGAGCUUGAAUCUCUAUCUGGCCCCAAGGUGGAUCCGGGGCUCCUAGACUUCAUCGAUUCUCUCCUCAUCGUGGACCACACCAAAAGACCAACCGCUGCAGAGGCUCUAAAGCACCCCUACCUACACUCCACUGAAGUCUGA